AUGAGUGUUGGCACAAGCACCGACACUGAACAAGCACCGUCACCGGCUGCGGCACCAGCUAAGGGAUUGCAAGAUGACAGUGUCGCCACUGGCACCGAAAACCCAACAUCGACAACUGAGAAUGAGAAUGCACGACCAGAUGCAGAGGCAACCCCAAAAUCAGAACAUGAGGACUCGGCACCGACACAAUCUUCGUCCUCGCUCCUAGCAUCUCUCUGGUCCCCUAUCAGCUCGCUUCUCCAAGGUUCAAAGCCAGUCCCAGUUUCGACUGGCAGUUCGGAAGUAUCAAAUGAAACGAGCUCAACGACAACCCAAGAAACGAAUCUAAACAAGGACACCAAUUCCAAGGACACCAAUUCCAAGGACUCAAAAUCCACAUCUCCAUCUACCAACACAAACCCCAACAAACGACCUUCACCAAAAGAACCCUCACCACAAUCACAAUCACAAUCCCCAGAACCAGAACCAGAACCAGAAGCAUACUACACCCCAAAAGAUGUCCCCCUUUUCAAAGCCCUCCAAAAAAAGCGUCUAAGUGGAACCCGCACAAAACAACUCCUCCGUGCUGCAUCCCGUGCGUACAACGAUCCCCCUCCACCACCGGAACUCGGGACUUGUUGCGGGAGUUCGUGUGACCCAUGCGUGAAUGAUUUGUGGAGGGAGGAGAGGGAUGUUUGGAGGGAGAGGUGGGGGGAUCGGAGGGUUGAGGGGGAGAGUGAUGGUGGUAGUGGUAGUGGGGGGAGGAAGGAGUUGGAGUGGUGA